AGGCCGCCCCCCUCCCCCCCUCCGCCGUCACCGCGGGAAGGCGAGGCGAUGAGCGGGGAGGGCGGCGGCGGCGGCGGGGGGCGCCGCAGGGCGCGAGUGUCCCGCCUCGUCUCCUUCAGCGCCACCCACCGACUCCACAGCAAAUCUCUGAGUAAUGAAGAAAACUUGAAACUGUUUGGGAAAUGCAACAAUCCAAAUGGCCAUGGGCACAAUUAUAAAGUUGUGGUGACAGUGCAUGGAGAGAUUGAUCCUGUUACAGGAAUGGUUAUGAACUUGACCGACCUCAAAGAAUAUAUGGAGGAGGCAAUUAUGAAGCCCCUUGAUCACAAGAAUCUGGAUCUGGAUGUACCAUACUUUGCAGAUGUGGUAAGUUUCCUUUCCUACUUCCUCAGCACAGAAGCUCACUUCCCUUCAAUGGAUGGGCGGUUGCUGUUUCCAACUAAGGAUAAGCCCACGUUGAAUUUCACAAAACAUGAAGCCGCAAACAAGAAAACGUAAAAGUGGAAGAACAAGGUUGGGGCUCCCAGCAGCCUCUGCUCAUCAAUCACACAUGGCAUCGAGCCACACUGCCUUACCUACCUCUGACUCAACUUUGAGAACUAGGUGUGGAUGUGACAGAGAAAUCAAAAUGGAGACCCACCCACAAGAGGGCUCAGAUGCCACCUAGACCAACCCUGUAUGGAACAGAUGAGAAACCGGAGCAGAAGGUCCCCCUUCUUUCUGAGCAGGAGAGCUGGAACUUCACAUGUUCCCCGCCUGUGAAUCCAAUGGCCUUGUGUAACUGCCUCUGUGCUGCAUUGUCUGCAUUCAGCUCCCCAGAUUUCUUUGAGUCUCAAAGUUUCCAGCUUGAGAGUGUUUUUACUGAGGCCCCAAUAGUUGUCCCAACUUCUACACUGAACCUGAGAUGUAGCCAGGCUGAGCCAUGAUGGAUAAAUAUGAAGCUUGUCCCUUGCUUUUGGGUCAGGGCUCACUGCAGCUUAUCUCAGAGGUGGCAGCAGGGAGUGGGUGUGGAGGAGCACUGCUGGAGCUUGUGUCCAUGAGUAACACCUGUACCCUGUCCUUAUCAUAGGACCCUGGGGGGCAGGUUUUCCUGGGGGGUGCUGGGGGAUGCAGAAGCCACGCAGGGGGCCCUUCAGGUAUCCUGGUUAAUGCUGCAGGCUCUGAAGUGGUCACAACCCAGCCUCACCACUUACUGAGCAACUCUGGACAAAUGAUUUCUCUGUCUCUGCCUGAGUGUCCUCAUCUGUAAAACAGCUAUAUCUUCUAGGAUUGUCCUGACGAUUAAAUGGGAUGAUGCACUCAAAGCGCUUAGCACAGUGCCUGGCAGUACUAAUAACAGCUACCAAAUGAUGUCAUAGAAAAUGGCAGGAUGAGGCGCUCCAGGAAUCUGUCACUCCACCGCAGCAACCUUUAAGCUGGUAAAGACUGUCAGAGUGAACUUUCUCAGCAGUCUAGGAUCUAAGAAAAGAAAACUUCCAGCUAUUAGAGGAAUGCUUAAUGAGGAAAGAAGCUGCUAAAUUUUGAAAUUUAAGAAAAUCUGUCAGGCUUGCUACUGAGAUAACAGAAAAGCGAUGUCAAUGACCACACUCAACAAGGAAUGCAGUCUGCACGAAAUAGUUGAGAAAAGUCAAGCAACAAGCAGCAGCAUGUCCUGGAGAGGAGGCUGAGCCCGAUUGCCAGAACCACCAUGUUAUAACCUUUAACACGUCCAGUUCUUAACAAAAAUUAAAGACCCGCACGUAGGAAAGUGUGACCUAUUCACAGGGAAGAAGAAGAAGUUGACAGAACCUGCCCCCAAAGAAGACUCGUUCCUGGAUGUUGGCAUCCUGGAAUUCAGCAUAAUUAUUAAAAUAAAACUGUUGCCUAUUACCAGGAUAUUACUGGAAAUCUCACACUUCUGUUAGUUUUACAUUGUAUUAUGAGUGCUCUAAAUAUUUUGCCCAUUUCUUAGUGGGAAUUACCAUUAGGGGAAAAAUGACCAGUUUAUACUGAGGGAAAGUAAAAUUGGUAAAACUCUACCCUUAGAUCUGGCUUUGAAAAUAUACACUCCCACCAUUCUUUUAAUUUUUUUUAAAUGUUCACAUACAUGAAUAAAAUUAGACACCAGGUUGUACUUUAAGUUAGAGUAAUCACUCAUUAAAGACAUACUUGAAUUUAA